UCGUCAUCCUUUUGACAGCUGAUCGUUGCCAACAUCGGGUCCCACAGACUUUUUUGAGACGCCUCAAUCCUCCUCUGCGUCUCAUCAUCAUUCACGAGUCGAGUGAUCAUUGAUCAGUGAUCUCUGGUCGGUCAGUCAGCAGUUUCUCCAAAGGGGCAAACAGGAGCUUCCACACCACUUCCUUCUCCGGGCAUUACUAAUCCUUCUACUAACCCUGUCAUCAGCAUGGAUAUCCAGAAAUACCAGCAAGACUUUGAAGUCCUGAUUCAACAACCCGGAGUCCUGCAGGAUGGCUUGAAAUUCAUCGAGAGCAAGACCCAAGUCAAGCGAUCUUACAUCGCUUACGGGAUCAUUGGUGUGGCCACCAUUUGGUUGAUGUUUGGUUUUGGUGCCCAGCUCUUGUGCAAUGCCAUUGGUUUCCUGUAUCCAGCCUAUCGAUCGGUCAAGGCCAUUCAGUCACGGGAUAAGGGAGAUGAUACCCAAUGGCUCAUGUAUUGGGUGGUGUUCGCCCUCUUCUCGGUCCUCGAGUUCUUCUCCGAUAUCCUGGUGGGCUGGGUCCCUUUCUACUGGCUCAUUAAGUGUUCCUUCUUGCUCUGGUGCAUGUCUCCCAUGGAAGGCUCCACGAUCAUCUAUAACCGAGUCAUCCUUCCAUACUUCCUGAAGCAUGAGUCCUUGAUCGAUGACGUGGUUCGGCAAGGCAGUGACAAACUCAACAACUUUACCAACUCCGCCAUGGACAAAGCCAAAGAUAUGGCAGCAGAAGCCCAAUUGAAGAAGGAUUAAGAGGCAAAAUGGUUGGCAUGGGCGCCUGUCCAAGUUCUAUGAAUGACACUAGGAAGAAGAUAUCUAUCAUUUGAAUGAAAUCCAUUUUUUUAGCUCAUUUCGGCACAUUCCAAAGUGAUUCUCAGUCUCAUUUCUAGAAAUGUUGUUAAAAGUCUACUCUUACCAUCAUUACAAGACAAAUAUAUUUAUCUUCUCUAUUAA